AUGGUCGACUCAUUUUAUGAAGAUGUUCUCAUGGAAAAUUAUUCCGAAGAAUCUACCAGUUUUGAUAAUAAAAAAAAUAAAACUCUGCGUAAAUUCAUCGAGCAAUAUGAAUUGUCACCAGAACUUUGGAAUCAAACCAACGGGAAAUAUAAGAACAAGACGGCAAGAAAUUUAGCUCUUGAUCGUCUCAUUCCUUUUCUGGAGCGGAUAAAUCCAACGAACAACACAAGAGAGCACGUCAAUAAAAGAAUAAACAGUCUUCGAACUAAUUACAGGAAAGAACUAAAAAAGAAUUGCGCAUCUAAGAGGUCGGGGAAAAGUGCAGACGAAAUCUACACGCCUUCGUCAUGGACUUUUUUCGCGCUGUCCUUUCUGGAGAGGUUCGAAAAACCGGUUGAACAAAAGGAAACAGAGGAAGUAAUUGAGCAGGAAUUGGAGCAACAACAGGAUAGUCAUGGCGAACAUGUUCGACAGACAUCUGUAAAUAACCUGUCGUCAACAUAUUCGAUACUACCUCCACCCUUGCCUCAAACUUAUCAAACCAGGAAGAUGAAAUCGCAAGGUCCGAUAUCAAAGCAAAACAUGCUUUUGCAAAAAGCUUGCUCACUCCUGGAAGCUUCUUCGAACCCUGAAAUCCCGACAAUUGAAAGAGCUUGGGGGGAAAAGUUGCUGACACUGGAUUCUAGACAACGAGCCAUUGCAGAGAAAGGAAUUAAUGAUAUUCUUUUCGAAGCAAGCAUGGGAUCUCUACAUCGAGAUUCCAUUCAGAUAAAUUCACGUCAUUCAAGCACUCCAAAUCAUAAUACAGAAAGUGAAGGAAUCACAGGAAUCGAUGAUCAUAAUUACACGAAAUUUAAAAAAUAA